UAUAACGGGUUGCUCAUUUGCUUUCAUGGCCAAUACGAGGGUAAUUCACAUCAACCAAUUUGGUCCAUUUGUUUUCAUUUCUAGACAUGAAUCGGAUUGUGAUUAGGAGUUUUCUCAGGGGUUUGCUUCAUAGCCGCAACUUUGGCUCCGUCGCCGGUGUUCCCGGUGGCGCUCGUAUGCAGCUUACUUUCGCCGCGGUGGCAUCGCCGGGAACGAGGCACCAGUCCUUGUCGGAUGGUGGAUUCCAGUGGAGAAGGUUCUUGACUUCGUCGAAGGCGGUGGCGGAGGAACAGGGGAAGGUUAAAUUAGAACAAGGGGUAAAGGAUAUUGAGAAUAAUCAGGAGAAGGAAAAAGAGAAGGAUAAUGCUCUGGUUUCUAGUUAUUGGGGGAUUUACAGGCCGAAGAUUACUAGGGAAGAUGGAUCUGAAUGGCCUUGGAAUUGCUUCAUGCCAUGGGAGACUUACAGAGCGGAUUUGUCCAUAGAUCUUGGAAAGCACCAUCAGCCCAAAACUUUUCUGGACAAAGUCGCUUACCGAGUUGUGAAGCUUCUUCGGAUCCCAACAGAUAUCUUCUUCCAGAGACGCUACGGUUGUCGAGCAGUGAUGCUCGAGACGGUGGCAGCAGUGCCGGGAAUGGUUGGAGGGAUGCUGCUGCAUCUGAAGUCUCUGAGGAAGUUUCAGCACAGUGGGGGGUGGAUUAAGGCCCUGCUUGAAGAAGCAGAGAAUGAGAGAAUGCAUCUAAUGACCAUGAUUGAGCUUGUGCAGCCGAAGUGGUACGAGCGGUUGCUUGUGAUCACAGUGCAGGGAGUCUUUUUCAAUGCCUUCUUUGUGCUCUACUUGAUGUCCCCCAAAUUGGCUCAUAGAAUUGUUGGCUAUUUGGAAGAGGAAGCGAUCCAUUCUUACACCGAGUACCUGAAGGAUAUUAACGAAGGAAAAAUUGAGAACGUUCCUGCUCCCGCCAUUGCCAUCGACUACUGGAGGCUACCUAAGGAUGCAAGGCUGAAGGAUGUUAUCACAGUCAUUCGCGCCGAUGAGGCACAUCACCGUGAUGUCAACCAUUUUGCUUCUGACAUUCAUUUUCAAGGGAAGGAAUUGAGAGAAUCAGCAGCUCCUCUGGGAUAUCACUGAAUUCAUCUUCUUUUCUUUUCUUUUAUUUUUUUUAUUUGUUUUCGGAUUAUAGUAUAGUAUAGUACCUUGGUUUUGUGUUGUUGAGGUGUACAAGUGGAAACGGUUUAACUUGGUCUCAAUUUUUAGUAUGUGUCGUAAUUUGUACAGUUUUCCUCUUGAAAAUUACGUCCAAUAAAGUCGGGCUUCAUAAGUUUACUUGGCAUA